AUGCCAGCCAGCUACAUCUCUCGUUUGCUCCUCUUCGUCUGGAUCUGCGCGGUUUGGGAGGCGCUGGCCAAAUCUCUUCCAGAUCAGGGAGCAUUUGAGGUUCAAAUAAAAAUCCAGGUGUUCGACAACAGCGACCUCUCACCGUUGGCGGACGCUCAGGUGGAAGUCCAUGGCAAUCAAACCGUCUUGGCGUCUAGUAAGGCGGGCAGCGAUGGUGUCCUGAGGGUGAGCUUCCUGUACCGGGCAGGAACAUGGGUCAUCAUCACAGCUUCCAAACAAGACUACGUCACCAACUCAGUACCCUGGCACUCCAGCCGCAUCCCCCUGUAUGCAUCUGUCAGCCUGUACCUUCUCGUGCAGAGGCCAGGAACUCUCAUUCUGUACGAUGACGUCCUGCAGGUGCUGUCUGGAUCACCAGGAGCUCGUAACCAACCGCUGGUGCAGCUCCAGAGGAAGUCCCUUCAGCUGCCAUCCAACUCCAACUACACGGCGCUGUCUGCUGCGCUGACAACAGCCAGGAGUCAGUAUGAAAUCGGUGGUUUCCCUUUUCUCCUGGGCCAAGAGACCAACAGCUCAGGUGCAGAAACUGGGUGGACAGAUUUGACAGCGCUGGCAGUGGUCAGUAUUGAGCUCUUCGACAAAGAUGGCACUGCAAUCCAGGUCUCGGAUCCAAUCCACCUCUCUGUGCCGCUUCCAUCUGACACCCGCAACAGGAUGGCUACAAGUGUGCCUGCUUGGCUGUAUCAGCCUAAGACAGGACUGUGGGUUAGAAACGGGACUGGCUACAUCAAAAAGGAAGGCACACAGUUUGUGUGGAACGUCGUGGUUCCUCAGAUGGGCUACUGGUUAGCUGCCUUUCCUACAUCUUCAGGAUUGGGUCUGGCUCACCCGGGUUUGAGAGACAUCACCACCUACCACACCCUGUUCCUGCUCUCCAUCCUGGGCUCCCUGGCCCUGCUGGUGCUCAUCCUGCUCUGUGUGCUGCUCUACUACUGCAGGCGGAAGUGUUUGAAACCUCGUCGACAGCAAGGAAAACCCCACACUUCCAAUCUAAAUGGUGCCAAGAGAGACCAAGGCACGUCCACUUCACGUCUGAAUCUGAUCUGUGGAGGCCAUGUUGAGUCCGGCCCCUCUAACGAAAAAUCUGACAUGUCCCCGUCUCGAGACUACCAGAGUUCAAGGGAGGACUUAACCAAGCAUGUUCCAGCUCACAUGCUACGACACGCAAAGGGAAAAAAUGCUUCGGGUCCCCAACGAGGCGAAAGCUUCCCCAUGAAGGUUACACGUGCCACAGAGACCAACAAUCUGGACAACCCCUUGCUGCAUGAAGACUACAACCGGAGCUACAGCCCAAUGGAAGGCAAGGAGGCCGAAUAUCACCGACACCAUAACGCCAACGACAAUCGCGGAUACUCCUCCGAUCCCCCGUCCCCGCCUCGUUUCCAAGGCUACGUACCAAGCCAGUCUGACAAACCUCCAGAAUAUUCGGCUGCGGCGGCGGACAGUCUCGCCAGACCCACCUCCCUCAACACACAGCCAGGUCAGAUCAUCUUCUGCAGCUCCAUUGAUCAGAUGAAGGAGAACAUGUACCACAGCAUGGUACCAACUUUAGUCAUUCCAGCCCACUAUAUGCGCCUGCCCUCUGAGUUUUCUGGUAAAGAUGGCAAAGACCAGAAGGACCAAGACAAAGAUGGUGCUCAGAUGGGAGGCCAGCAGCACCAUCACCACCACUCCCAGAAACAAGGCCAGCAGCAGCAACAAGGUGGAUCCCAAGGUGACGACUCUGAGGAACCGAGCUGGGCGUCUGACUCCUCUGGCGGACCGGUGACCAUCCCGGUGCUUUUCAACGACUCCACCAUGGCCCAGAUGAAUGGAGAACUGCAGGCUCUGACUGAGAAAAAGCUACUGGAACUGGGGGUGAAACAGAACCCGAGGGCGUGGUUCAUCUCCCUGGAUGGACGCGCCAACGCUCAUGUGCGCCACUCCUACAUAGAUGUUGGCAACGACCUGAGUGGUGGCAGUGGGGGCGGUGUAUUCGGAGGUGGUCCAAGCGGCGGCCCCAGAGAUAUCAAUCUUGAACCACCUCUGGAGGCUCAAGAGCGCAAGUUAGGAGUCAACCGAAAGGGAAAAGAUGAUCGCUGGGGGACGGGAGGACGGAAGGGACACGGUGUUGGAAGCAGCGGUGGGAAGAGUUACUCCAAGCUGGCCUACCCCGACCACAGCGAGCCAAGCAGCAGCAGCGAGGGGCGCCCAGUCUCACCCGAGGAGAAUUCACUCACCCCUCUUCUGGAUGAAGGGCCAUCCUCCCGAGGAUCCACCAUCCCCAGGAGAGGACGCAGUCGUGUGAACAGCAGCCGCAGCAGCAACAGCGAGAACCGCCGCGACUCCAUGACCAGCCCUGAGGAUGAUCCCGACGACAAAGAUGAGAACAAGAAGAGCCCCUGGCAGAAGAUUGAAGACAGGCCUCUCAUGGUCUUCCACCCCAGGAAGUAAGCUUUGUGAACUUAACAAAACACUGGACCUUUAACAAUCUUUCCAAAAGGGUAAUCGUUCCACGUCAAGCAUGG